GAAAAUGUCCAGCAGAAGACCGAGCAGUGCGCUUGACAUAGUUCGCCAAUUUGCUGAUCAAACAACGGCUCAUGGCGCCAAGUACACCGUGACGUCAGAGAAUGGACGAGUCUGGCAGACGGUGUGGCUGGCGACCAUUUUGACCACAUGUGGCUACAUGAGCUACCAGCUGGUGUGCUUGUCUUUUAAUUACUUCCAGUACCCCUUUCAAACUGUCAAUCGGAUGACGCCCAUGGCCUCGCUCAAGUUUCCCGCCAUCACGAUCUGUGACCUGAACCACAUCGACUCGACCAAGAUACGAGAGUAUUCUGCCGAGGUCACGGAGAUACUUAGUUUCAUUUCUUUGAUUGACGAAGGUUCUCCAAGCAUCGAAGAUUCAUUUGUUUACUGCUCCUGGCAGGGGGAGGGAGAAGACUGUCAGAAACUGCUCAGCUAUGCAUACACCCAUUCCGGCCGAUGUUUUCGGCUGAACCAGACAGUUGUGGACACAAAAAGGUCAGACAACUAUGGUAGCAGAAGUGGAUUUUUUGCUGUUCUAAAAGUAAAUGCCGAGGGAUACACAGUAUCUGACAAACACUCGUUGGGGUUUAAGCUGUUCAUCCAUCAUCACUAUGACUAUGUUGACGUCAACUUGAAACAUAUUUUACUGAGCCCAGGUUUUAGCUAUGAUGUCAGCUUCCAGCAGUACACGCUGAAGUACUUACCAUCCCCAUACAACUCACUUGGUAGGGACUGCCUUGCUGGGUCUGUUGGUGACCUUGACCCUGGUCAUCCAGCUGGCUACUCGUUCAGCCAAUGUGUCGUGGAAAGAAGCAAAUCAAUCACUGCAGCCAUCUGUGGCUGUAACAUCACUGAUUGCACAGUGAAGGAAUUCCUAGACUGCUACAAUCCAAACUUUGAUGUUGCCUACAUGAACACCAGUAGGGAGGGAUGUCUGGUCCCUUGCUCCAGCCACUCGUACGUGCCUAUCAUCUCACACGCCAUUUUCCCCGCACCACACUUUGCCUGGACCCUCAAGCCAACUUUUUGGCAGUCAGGUGACUUGAAUGACAGCUUUACCCAGGCUGUUGUGGCAGUUAACCUCCAUUUUGAGGAUCUGAUCCUGAGGGAGGUGGAACAUGUUCCGCUCUUUAACAUGCAUUCUGUCAUGGGAAUUGUGGGAGGGAACAUGGGACUUUUCCUGGGUGCCAGCCUGCUGACUUGUGUGGAACUCUUGCAGCUUACAUACACUCUCAUCAAGUACGGGCUGCUCAAGUUGAUGGCGUCUCGCAGGCAACCACAUGUAUGCCAGUGUCAGCCUGUUCAAAAAGCCACCGUCAACCCCACAGGUGUACAAGCAAAAGCCUAGGCCCACAGGUGUACAACCAAAAGCCUAGGCCCACAGGUGUACAAGCAAAAGCCUAGGCCACAGGUGUACAACCAAAAGCCUAGGCCCACAGGUGUACAACCAAAAGCCUAGGCCCACAGGUGUACA